AUGCUGCUGUUGGACCUACCCCUGGAGGUCUUCGAGGAAAUCAUAGCGGCUCUUGCAAAGAAGUUUGGGCAGCGAGAUGUCGUACGAUAUCGACUUAUUUGCAAAACGUUCGCAAACACAAUCAGGGCUUACAUUCUUUCAGCCACUGUUCCAGUCAACCUCGCCAAAUUCCUGGAGAACACUCACUCCACUCGUCUUUUCGAAACAUAUGGUGGAGAGAUACUCCAUAAGGCUGCUAUGCGUCGCCAAACAAUACGAAACCAAGUCAUCGACUUCGUCCGAGCUAUAACCAAAGCGUCCGAACCAGAUCCUACACUCUAUCCUGCGAGAAUGAUGGUCGUAUGCAUGUGCAUGAUGGGACUGGAACCAAAAUAUCUGCACAAAUACAUUAAAGGCACCGAAAUUGUCAACAAAGAAAAGCGACCGUGCUCCCUCAAGGACAUGAUGCCCGCUAUUGCUGCCGCAUCUGGGGAUACCGCGCUGUUCAAAGAGCCCAAUCUUACCCCAGCUAUGCUCCUCAAGCAAAGUCACGACCUCUUGCCAAGUGCACUCAAAGCUGCCAUCGUAGCGGAACAGUAUACGGUGCUUGAGCGUAUACUCGGAUAUCUCCUAGACAAUGUCAAGGGCAAGCGCAAAUCCGGUUCAUGGAAGGAUAUCCGAAACGCUGCCCGGAAGAUUGGCAAGGCUCUAUGCAUAGCCAUACGCUUGCACAAGAAUGUUGCUGGAAACAUGUUAUUCGACUUUCGCGAUAAAAACGAGCUCUUCGACAAGUUUGCACCUGUUGAACUGGGUGAUUGGCUUGUCAACGAUGCUGUCACGUACUGCAAUACAGCUUUGUUGUAUCGCAUCUUGGAAGUCGAUAAUCCCGGGUUUAUAGCGCAUGUCAAGGACGGAUCCAAAGCACAUUACAGCCUUGAUCUUCAAACUAUGGAGACUCUGCACAGGCGAGGUGGAACUGAAAUAUGGAACCUGCUACUCCGAGAUGGUGUCAUAGGACCAAAUAAAGUCAACUUUGAUAAGACCCCGCUCCAAUGCGCACUUCGGAGACGACGAUACGACAUUGCACACAUUCUCAUCGAAAACGGUGCAGAGAUCGACAGUAUCACGCCAGAUGGAAACAAUGUCCUAUGGAGCGCGGCAAAUGAUGGCCACGUAAAGGACGUCGAGUUUCUACUCGAUCACGGCGCGGACCCUAAUUCUCAUGGGGAGAACGGCGAAUCUGCAAUUGCAACCGCGGAUUCGAAACUAUAUGGCAAGUGUCGUUUCUUACUUGAGACAGUAAGAGACCACGGAAAGGAGGAUCUCAAACGUCCUGAUCUAUAG